AUGCAUUGCAGCCUGAGGAGGAAACGUCCUACGUGUGACUCUGACUUCUCUGCCAUCGUCGUUCCCUCCAUGCGUGGGUCUGGAUACCUCGACUACACGGUUGAGAACCAUGCGUCCAGAUCCUUUUUGGUCAUGGAUGAGUUCAGACGACACGAGGUGUUGUGUGACCUGAUUCUGCGGGUCACGUUCAAGGAGAUGGCCAUUAACUUCAAGGUGCACAAAGUGGUCCUGGCCUCUUGCAGUGCGUACUUCAGAGCCAUGUUCACGCGGGGCUUCAAAGAGUGCAGCGCCUCCGAGGUCACUCUGCGCGAUGUGUGCCCCGAGGUGAUGGGAAGACUGAUCGACUUCGCCUACACGUCCCGCAUCACCAUGGGAGAGAAGUGUGUGCUACAUCUUCUUCUUGCUGCUAUGAGGUUUCAGAUGGAGGACGCGGCCAAAGCGUGUUGCGAUUUCCUCACCAAACACCUGGAGCCGGCGAACGUCAUCGGCAUCUCCCGCUUUGCAGAAGAGAUCGGCUGCACGGAGCUGCAUCAGACGUGCAGAACGUACAUCAGUUCACACUUCAGUGAGGUGACCAAAGUGGAGGAGUUCUUCAGCUUGUCUCACUGCCAGCUGCUGGAGCUCAUCAGUCAGGACAGUCUCAAGGUGCUCUGUGAGUCUGAGGUGUAUAAGGCCUGCACGGACUGGGUCAGCUGGGACUUGGAGAGCAGGUCCCAGUACCUUCAUGCUCUCCUGAACGCUGUUCACAUUUACGCUUUGCCUCCGAAGUUUCUGAAGAACCAGCUUCUGUCCUGCCCCAUCCUCAGCAAGGCCAAUUCCUGUAAGGACUUCCUGUCAAAAAUCUUUCAGGAGAUGACACUGAUGAAGCUUCCUCCUCCACCAAACCGUGGAAGCCAGCUCAUCUAUGUGGCCGGCGGAUACAGGCAGCUGUCUCUGUCCACAAUGGAGGCGUUCGAUCCCAGGAGCAAAGUGUGGAUAAAAAUGGCCAACAUGGAAACUCCCUGCAGCGGUCUGGGGGCCUGCACACUCUUCGGACUCAUCUAUACUGUGGGAGGAAGAAACCUGUCGAUUCAGAGCAACAUCGACUCCAGCGCUCUGUGCUGCUACAACCCCAUGUCCAACCAGUGGAGUCAGCGAGCUUCUCUCAACAUCCCCAGAAACCGCGUGGGGGUGGGCGUGGUGGACGGAUGCAUCUACGCCGUCGGGGGCUCCCAGGGAUCCGUACAUCACGACACGGUGGAGAAGUGGGAUCCAGAGUCUAACCGCUGGUCCUUCGUUUGCCCCAUGUCGGUGGCUCGGCUGGGAGCCGGCGUGGCAGCGUGUCGGGGGGCUCUGUAUGUGGUGGGGGGAUACGACGGACAGAAUCGCUGGAACACGGUGGAGAAAUACCACCCUGACACCAACAGUUGGCAACAACUAGCUCCCAUGAACACGAUUCGCAGCGGACUGGGGUUGGCAUGCUUGAACCCUUACCUGUACGCCAUCGGAGGCUACGACGGGCAGAGCCAGCUGUGCACCGUGGAACGGUACAACAUCGCCAAAAACAUCUGGGAGCCCAGAGCCUCCAUGCAGCACUGCCGCAGCGCGCACGGAGUCACGGUCCAUCAAGGACGCAUCUUUGUCUUCGGAGGUUACAACCAGCACGGCUUCCUGUCCAGCGUCGAGUGUUACUGUCCAGACAGAAACGAAUGGAUGUACGUCACAGACAUGCCUGUUGGACUCAGCGGCAUGGGUGUCACGGUUACCAUGGAGCCGUGUCCCGGCUGCAUGGCGGAACAAGACGAGGAUGACGAGGACAUAUCCAAAUAGGAGGAGGUCCUGAUUAAUGGAGGACUUGUUGCUAGUCAGCAGAAUAGUUUUAUUUCCGUCCUCAAAUCAAAAACUUAUGAACCCGUUCCCUCAGGUAUUUCAUUGAUAUUGCACAUUGGGGAAAAAGCUAUUUAUGUCUUGUGUUUAGAGAAGGACAUUGUGUAUUUAUAUCUAUUUUUGUCAGCAUGAUCAUGCACAAACUGCCCGACUGAAACUUUUAUUUUCCAGAUAAUUUUUUUA